AUGGCACCGCGACGAGGAGAGCGGCAGACGAAGAGAAGUGCUGCGGCUUCUUCGCGUGCACAGACGGAGCACGUGGACGACGAAGGUAAUCUGGCGGUGUCGGACGCCUACUGGGGUCUUGGCGGGGACGACUCCGCAGUAAAUAGCGAUAACUUUCCAGAUCACGUUGCAGAGACGUUUGGAACAAGGGAUGGGUCACCCGGAGACUCCUCUCUGGGCGAAGGAAUCGGCCGCCGGACGCGCCAGCGACUCGCGGAGAGCGAGCCGCGCCCACCGCCUAGUCCACUGGGUCGUAGCACCGACACCAGCCACUACCUGUUUGCCGUCGUCGACUUCGCCCGCUACGAUCCGGAUACGCCGACCUCAACGACUGCAACAGCGGCAAGCACUGCAUUGGGUGUACGUCGUGAUGCUGGGCGCACUUUCAGUGCAGGGUCCGCAACUCGCGCCGAUGGAAACCCAGUGACGGCAGCGAAUGCGAUGCUCUCCGAUUUACCAAACAAGCAGAGUCCAGAGCGGCAGAUUUUUGAGGGCUGGCUCGAAGGCACUGGCAGUGCCGAGUGCGGCGUUGUAUCUGCGGCCUCGGUGUCGCCCAUGGAGCCACCGACGCUGCCGCCGAUAUCCGCGUCGCGGGCUUUCGCCCAGGACUUGGCGGUGAAAAUAGGAGUGCUACCGGCGCUUCGCCCCGCCCGAGAUGUAUUGAUACCGGCUGAGCGGCUGCCGAAUCCGAUAGAAUCCGGCACCGAAGACAUCCCCGAGAAUGUGCAUCUGCAAACAGAUGAUGAACUCGCUCAAGCAAAGCUCUUUGCUCCGCUCAGGGAUCCAGAGUCCGAGCGCGGCACCGGAAUCGGAACUGGUACUGGAACGGGUACUGAAACUGGUACUGGAACGGGUACUGGCGCCACUGGUGGCGGUAUGCUCCUGCUCAGCGAACGCGACCGUACCAGCUUUCGAGGCUAUUUGUCGGGCGCACGACCAACCGGCCAGGAUGGCGAGCAUAGCACCCUGGCGCUACAGAGCCAAGCCUUGAACUGGGAUCAGGAUGAUAUUCCGCCGUAUGUGGCGCACGACGGCGCAGGGCAGCUGGGUCCGUCGACAGGCACGACACCCCUGGAGCGACAUAUCCGCUGCCCCAAGUGCAGUGAUCCCGGACUGAACAAACCGGUGUGCCCGGCGUGUCGACAACGGCAUCAUCGCAUGAUGAAACAUGCCCCUGAUGGACGAUGCCAAUGGGGCGACGCCUGUCGCCUCUGCACUCGUCGACAGCGCCAACGCGCUCGCCAGCGGAGCUCGCUGCCGUCGCCGUGGGAGACACCAGCGCUCGGAGGCGACGCUGCUAGUCGACAAGCCAACCUGGAUGCCGGUGCCAGAAAUGCCGCAUUCCAGGCGGCCGCCGGAGUACUCACAGAGCAAGGCCUCAGCGAUCACGGUUUGCUUCUAACGACUGCGAGGAGAACGCGUCGGAGCCAACCGCACGCGGAUCGAUCCACGAGCGAGGCUGAUCCCGAGGCGGUUGUCGUUGACUCGCCCUCGUCGGGGGCACUCGAUCGACGCUCAGCUUCCCAGUCGCUGCGAAGUCGCGCUAGCGCGGAUGCUUUAGAACUACAUCGGACCUGUCAAGCUUGCUGCGCGACACAGGUAUGCGGCAACUGUCGCAAACGUCACAGCCGUAUGAUGCAACGACAAGGCACCUGUGAUUGGGGCAAUCACUGCCGUCUCUGUGCGCGCAAGCGACGACGACAGCACCAACUACAGCAACAACAGCAACUGCAACAACAGUCAACCAUGAAUCAUCGCUCGCAGGCGUCGACGCUAGCGAUGCAGUUCAACGACCAGCUUGCCGACGCUGUGAGCGGGGAUGCAAGGCGUGCACCAUCGGAACACGCUAUGACAACCCAUCGACGGCACAUGGCAUCCGAGAUGAGCAGCACCAAUAGCAACAACAGCACCAAUAACCAUCAUCACAUCCGGUCGUCUUUAUCGCCAUCAUUAUCGGGUCGCGUUGCCGGCAUCGCGGAGAGCACCAGUCCAAGUGAUCAUGCCACAAUGGAGGCGGUAGCGGAUGCGGCCUCCUCGGUGCUGCUCACCGACACCGAGUUGCUGGAUGCACACGAACUGCGUCGAUCAUCAUCAUCAUCAUCAUCGUCGCCAUCGCCAUCGCCGCUACCACCACCACCACCACCAUCGUCGUCAUCGUUCUCGGCGGACCUGGCGCGUCAACUUUUCUCCACCAGUGCCUCGCGAAUGCGAUGA